GCCACCUGUCAGUGUCCAUCAGUGCCAGCAGUCAGUGCUCAUCAGUGCCACGUGCCAGUGCCCAUCAGUGCCACAUCAAUGCCACAUAUCAGUGCAUACCAGUGCACAUCAAUGCCACAUAUCAGUGCCCAUCUGAGCUGCCUUUCAAUGUCACCCAUCAGUGCCAGUCAGUGCCACCUAUCAAUGCCAAUCAGUGCCACCUAUCAGUGCUUGCCCAUCAGUGCCACCUAUCAGUGUCCAUCAGUGCAGCCUAUCAGUGCCCAUCACUGCAGCCUCAUUAGCGCACAUCAGUGAAGGAGAAAAAUCACUUAUUUACAAAAUUGCAUAA